AUGUGGUCCACCGGCGUGGUCAUCGCCUCUGUUUAUGCUGUCAUAAGUGUUUUGGGUCUAAUUGGCAACAUCACGCUCAUCAAGACGUUUUGCUCUUCCAAAUCCAUCCGCAAUGUGCCGAACCUGUUCAUGUCGAGUCUUGCGCUCGGGGACGUGUUGCUGCUGGUGACCUGCGCUCCGGUGGACGCCAGCCGCUACCUGUCAGAAGAGUGGCUGUUCGGGAGAGCGGGCUGUAAAGUCAUCCCUUUCAUUCAGCUCACCUCGGUUGGAGUGUCUGUGUUCACACUCACAGCUCUGUCUGCGGACAGGUACAGGGCCAUUGUGAAACCCCUGGACAUCCAAACGUCUCCCACCACUACCAGUAUUGUCCUGCGGGCGGCGUUCAUCUGGGUCAUCUCCCUGAUUUUGGCUGUUCCUGAGGCCGUUUAUUCUGACCUUCACACCUUUAACAUCACCGUUAACGAGAGCUUCGUCACCUGCGCUCCCUAUCCCCAUGCUGGGAAACUGCACCCUCAGAUUCACUCCAUGGCCUCCUUCCUCAUUUUCUACGUCAUUCCCCUGCUGGUGAUCUCCAUGUACUAUAGUUUCAUCGCCCAAAGCCUGAUGAGGAGCGCCUCCGACCUUCCUGUGGAGGGAAAUGCGCAUGCAAGACGACAGGUUGAAUCAAGGAAGCGUUUGUCCAAGAUGGUUCUGGUGUUUGUUGGUCUCUUUGCCGUAUGCUGGCUGCCCAGUCAUGUCAUCUACUUGUACCGCUCCUAUCACUACUCCCAGGUGGACACCUCUCUGGCUCACUUCAUAUGCAGCGUUGUGGCUCGUAUUUUGGCUUUUACCAACUCCUGCAUCAAUCCCUUCGCCCUGUACCUGCUGAGCAAGACCUUCCAGAGGCAGUUCAACCAGCAGCUGUGUUGCUGCUGUCGUUUCAUCUUCAAACACUCCCGUCAGAGCCAGACACAUUAUAACAUACGCGUGACUUCUAUUCACAGCACCCAUCACUCGAUAGCAAGUCUGAGCAUGAAUAAUGGCAGAGAACUCGAACAGGAAGACUGCGUGUAA